CGGGUCUAAACACGCUCGAUUUUUACAUUCUUUUGUCAAUGGAAUUCAGCCGACAAAAUUAGUCACAAAAAUGCAAGGAAUUAACCAAUUACCACUCGUUUAAGCUUUUCCGGCCACUGAACACUGUGAAAACUCUACAUCGAAUAUCGUGAUUAUUUAUUUAUUGGGUUUAUUAACAAGUUUCACUUUCGCUUGAUCUUCAUUCUUCACUGUUUCUCUUCGAUCCAGAAAAAUGGCGAAUUUUUCCAAUCAAAUGCGACUUUCCUCAACUAUUCUGAGGCGUUUACAUCAAAGAGUUGCUGCUGCUGUGAAUUCAUCUUCUUCAAGAAAUUUUACUACAACGGAAGGUCAUCGUCCUACUAUUGUUCAUAAGCGUAGUCUUGAUAUUCUUCACGAUCCAUGGUUUAACAAGGGAACAGCAUUCUCAUUUACAGAACGUGAUCGUCUUCACAUUCGUGGCCUACUGCCUCCAAACGUGAUGUCUUUUGAACAACAAAUUGCACGGUUCAUGGCUGACUUGAAGCGGCUUGAAGUACAAGCUAGAGAUGGUCCAUCUGACCCAUAUGUUUUGGCCAAGUGGCGCAUACUUAAUCGCUUGCACGAUAGAAAUGAGACUUUGUACUACAAGGUUCUAAUGGAAAAUAUUGAGGAAUAUGCACCCAUAGUGUAUACUCCUACAGUUGGUCUUGUUUGCCAGAAGUACAGUGGAUUGUUCAGACGUCCGAGGGGCAUGUACUUCAGUGCCGAAGAUCGUGGGGAAAUGAUGUCAAUGGUUUACAACUGGCCAGCUGAUCAGGUUGACAUGAUUGUUGUAACUGAUGGAAGUAGAAUAUUGGGUCUUGGAGAUCUCGGAGUUCAGGGAAUUGGUAUUGCAAUUGGGAAGCUGGAUUUGUAUGUGGCUGCUGCUGGGAUCAACCCUCAAAGAGUAUUGCCUGUAAUGAUUGAUGUUGGAACUGACAACGAGAAUCUCUUGAAAGACCCUUUAUAUUUGGGACUGCAAGAGCAUCGGCUUGACGGAGAGAAGUAUAUUGAAGUAAUUGAUGAAUUUAUGGAGGCUGUUUUUACUCGUUGGCCCCAUGUGAUUGUGCAGUUUGAAGAUUUUCAAAGCAAGUGGGCCUUUAAGCUGUUGCAGCGUUAUAGAAACAACUACAGAAUGUUUAAUGAUGAUGUCCAGGGAACUGCAGGAGUUGCUAUUGCUGGUCUUCUGGGAGCAGUAAGAGCACAGGGAAGGCCAAUGAUUGAUUUUCCAAAAAUGAAGAUUGUGGUGGCGGGUGCUGGAAGUGCAGGAAUAGGGGUUCUUAAUGCUGCUAGGAAGACAAUGGCAAGAAUGUUAGGGAAUACUGAAGUUGCUUUUGAAAGUGCAAGAAGUCAGUUCUGGGUGGUUGAUGCCAAGGGAUUAAUUACUGAGGCACGUGAAAAUGUUGAUCCUGAUGCUCGCCCGUUUGCCAGAAAGAUCAAAGAGAUUGAACGUCAAGGUCUAAGUGAAGGCGCAACUCUUGCGGAAGUGGUACGCGAAGUGAAGCCAGAUGUACUUCUUGGUUUAUCUGCUUGUGGAGGCUUGUUUUCAAAAGAGGUACUGGAAGCCCUUAAGCAUUCAACUUCAACCCGGCCUGCAAUUUUUCCAAUGUCAAACCCAACGAGAAAUGCUGAAUGCACCCCUGAGGAAGCAUUUUCUGUUCUCGGGGAGAACAUUAUAUUUGCAAGUGGAAGCCCAUUCAAGGAUGUGGAUCUUGGAAAUGGUCAUGUUGGACACUGCAACCAAGCAAACAACAUGUUCCUUUUUCCUGGAAUAGGACUUGGUACUCUUCUGUCUGGAUCUAGAAUCGUUUCAGAUGGCAUGUUACAGGCUGCAGCUGAGUGUUUGGCUGCAUAUAUGACAGAGGAGGAGGUACUCAAGGGUAUUAUAUACCCUUCGAUAUCCAGGAUACGCGAUAUAACAAAGGAGGUAGCUGCAGCUGUGGUGAAAGAAGCUAUAGAAGAGGAUCUUGCUGAAGGAUACCGUGAAAUGGACAGCCGAGAGUUACGGAAACUUGAUGAGGCACAAAUAUCUGAGUUCGUGGAGAACAAUAUGUGGAGUCCGGAUUAUCCAACACUGGUUUACAAGAAAGAUUGAUCAUCUAUGGAUGCUUGCAAAGCUUCAUUUUUUCAUGUUUCUCGCAACAUCAGGAAGGGCGUGAUGGAUCAAAUACGAUAAUGGACAUUUUGUGACAUGAUGCAUGGGAUCAUGUUAAAUUUAACAUCCAGUAAUAUCCCAUUCAUCAACAUUUGAUUGACUGAUGACUUCUUGAUAUUAUAGCUUUUAUUGAGUAGUCCAUAAGUUGGUUGUCUGUAAAAGUGAAUAAACUUCCAGUUCUGACUUCGAGCUUCGUCAACGCAGACGAUGUAGUCUUAUGGGCUGUUGCUGCACAAAUGUACUAUAAAUUGCCCUGUGAUGUAGUUGUUGUGUAGAAGUGUUUGUGAAGUUCUGAUAGUUCUCUGUACUCUAUUUGACUUGUACAAUAAAGGGAUCACUAGUAUUCACACUGUU